AUGACUGAAAGGAAGUUAAGAAAAGAAGCAGCACUAAAUGCAUUGAACUGGACAGAUCGGAGAGAUAGUAAUGACUAUAGAUUGCUAUUAAAUCAGACAACUUCAGAUAACAAUGAUACUGAAAGAAUUACAGAUGUAAGCAGAAAAGAAACCACAAGUCAUAAAAACCAUUUGUUAGCAUUGAAUACCGAUUUCGAGGAAUCUAAUUGGGGUCUUCAAGAUAUAAUUAAACAGGCUUUUCGUAUAUUAAAACUGGAAACUUUGGUGUUAUUUGCUGAAUGUGAAAAUCAUCUACAAAUCCUUGAGAAUGUUGAAAAUUUUGAAUACAAUAAAAUCAUUAUAACUCAGCUUCAAGAUAGACCUUUAAGAGAAUGGAUUAGCGGUAAUAUACUAAGCAUAGUUUUCAUAGAUGGACCGGAAAUAAAUGACCAGAUUUUAAACAUUUUAAUGCAAUCUUUGGAAAGAUGGCAUAUGAAAAAGUUGCUGCUAAUAAGCCAGACUUUAACUAUAGAACCUGUCGACCGAUGGCGGAAAUUAUUGCAAUGUCUGUAUGAACAAGGAUUCUGGAAUAGUUUGCUAAUAGACCAACAAGCCAAUACUCUAACAAUGGAUCCUUUCUCCUUGGAACUGCUAAAAAAUAACAUAAGUAUAGAACUGUUUUUGCAAUUAACUAUUGAUUGGAAGGACUUACAAGGUUUUCCGGUACAAGUCUCAAUGGCGAAUAACCCGCCUAGGGCCUUACUCUACUAUGAUGCUAAAAAUCGUCUACAAUUAAAAGGCCUCUUUGGUAACUUAAUAAAUCUAUUUGCUCAAAUCUACAAUGCCUCCUUAGUUCCUCAUCAGAUAUCAAAUUUGGAUUAUUAUAGAGAAUUGGAUUGUUUAAAAUAUAUCGCGGAAAAUAAAGUGGAUUUAUGUGGUGAUGCCAUGGCUCUAAAUCCUCAAUAUGUUAUGUCGAAACCGGUAAUAAUUGCCCGCAGUUAUUUAAUGGUACCCUAUGAUAAACCUUUGCCUCAAGUGUACUACUUCUUUAAACCCUUUCAAACCUAUGUGUGGUAUAUACUGUUGCUGGCGUUUAUCUUUAACGUCAUGGCUUUAGCUUUAAUACAUCGUCUGCAGCAUAAAAGCUGGUCAUUUUCUCUACAACUACUCUAUGUUUGCUUAUCCUUUAUACAUUUACCCUUUCAGCUGAAAAGGCUUAAGGGUCCUCUGCGUCGUCAUUGGGAAAUGUUAUUGAUUUUAAUGGGUUUUGUUAUCAGCAAUUGGUAUUUGUCUCUUCUCGCCAGUCUGCUAUAUACACGUUUAUAUAGUCAAGAUAUUCAAAGCUUACAAGAUCUACAACGUCUCAAUAUAUCCAUUAUGGUUAAUGAAUUUGAAUAUUCUCUGCUAAAUGUGUCUGCUGUAGAUCCCAUAAUCAUGCAACAAUUGCUAUUAGUAGCCGAUAAUGUUUUGCUUGAAAAUCGCCGCAAUUUAAAUCCCCAUUACGCCUACUACAGCCAAUAUGACAAGAACAGUUUCUAUUUGCAUCAGCAAAAAUUCCUGCUACGUCCCAUUAUGAAGGAAUUGAGCAAAGAGCCCAUCAAUUCAGUUCUGGGCGGUAUACCUAUGCGCUACAAUUGGCCUUUUGAACACUUGCUUAAUAAUAUUAUGGAUCAUAUUUUGGAAUCAGGUCUAUUUGAUCGUUUACUUCUGGAUUCUCUAGAGGAUGGCAUACGUUCGGGUUAUUUGAAAUAUUUUGCCACUGAACAUUGUUAUGUGGUACCUUUAAGUUUGGAGUACUUUCAAGUGCCGGGCAUUAUUUUGGCGUUGGGUUGUUUAAUGGGUUUCAUUUUUCUUUAA